AUGGCCUCACUCCUCGCCAUAAAAUAUUCUGGUGAUUCCCAGCCCUCGGGGUCAUUUCUGAGCCAACUCCACCAGGACCUCAAUGACCCAAUGGGUCUGGGCGCAUUCAACAUCAAGGAGAGGGAGAGGCCAGGUGGAGAAGACCAAGACCAGGGAGCAGUUCUGGGCUCAGUUCAGAGGAGGUAAAAACAUUUGUUUUUAAAUGCUGUUGGAUAAACUAAAAUAAACAGCUAUUAAUCACUUAUUUUCUGUUUUGUGCUGUAAUUAGGUCAUGGAUCCAUAUCUUGUUGGCCUCCAAGACAGCCUAGACCGGAGGUUCCAAUACCUGGAGAUUCUGGGGGCCUUCAGUGUGUUGGGACCUCAGGCUGCGUUCUCUAGUGAGAGGAUGAACACCUUUAACCUGACCAUCCUCUCCAGGCAGUUCUUGCAAGCGCCAGAGGCUGCUGUGCCGCAAGAGUGACCCUCUUACAAGCAACAUGUGCUAG